AUGGCUUCCUUUCUGCGUGGGAAGCAGGCUGGCAUUCAGCACGACCUCUCUCAGGGCAUUGUCCCCGAUGCCAUUCAACUCGACGAUUUCGCCCGAUAUGGCAUCAACUCCCAGAUAUCGACCCUGGCGUACGAUCCGGUGCAGUCUCUGCUCGCCGUCGGCACCAAUGACUCCCGCUUUGGCCCAGGCCAGGUCUACGUCUUUGGCCAGCGUCGAGUAUGCGCCGUUUUGAACCUCCAACGUCGAGCCUCGAUCCGCGAGAUCCAAUUCUGCGCCGACAAGCUUGUCGUACUCGACAACAAGAAUGACAUUAAUAUAUUCAGUCUCGCGACCAAACGUCUCCUGGCCAACUAUGCACCACCCGGCCAUGUGGUUUGCAUGCUCACCGACCCGAGUCUCGAUUACUGCUUUACCGGAUUACAGAGUGGGGAGAUUGUGGCAUAUGAUUUGGACAGGGAAAAUAUGACACCACUAAAGAUUCCGAAUCUGUGGAGAGAAAUGAAUCCUCGAGCCCGUCUCCUACCGAUCGUUGCCAUGCAAUUUCACCCUAAGGAUAUUGGAAAAUUGCUCAUUGGCUACUCAGAAGGAGCAGUCACAUACUCUUUCAAGCAAAACAAGGCACAGAAAUUCUUCCAUUACGAGGUCCCCAGGGGUGCGCCUGGCGGAGAUGCGCAUCCCACCGCAAGCAUGACGGUGAGACAUCCCCGCCUGACACACGUGGCUUGGCAUCCCACUGGCACAUUUAUCCUUACUGCACACGAUGACUCGAGCUUGGUGUUUUGGGAACCUACGAGUGGGAGGCUACUCGCAGCGAGGACAGUGCAGGAGAUCGACGUGAACAUCCCGGGGAGUGGUGGUGCGAAAGGCGCUCCCGGUUCACCACUAUCCCCGACCGCGUCUGGGUUGUCUGUCCGGGAGCCAUAUACCCGCAUAUCGUGGUGUUCGAAAGAGAAUCCGGACGACACUGGCUUGUUGCUUUCCGGCGGAUCCCCCACCACGAACCCAACCAAAGGUCUUUCCUUUAUUGAGCUGGGCCCUACCCCUGUGUAUCAAACGUCCUCUUGGGACGCGCUCGCCAACCAUUUUCGCAACCCGAGGCGCGUUCACGUCCUCCCUACCCCUCCGAGCGCAGACGUAGCAGAAUUUCUGAUCAUCCCUCGAAGCUCACCGUAUUACAAUGGCUCGCAUGAUCCGAUAGCCGUCUUGGUCAUUAUGACCUCUGGUGAGGUCCUCACAAUGAGCUUCCCAUCUGGUCAUGCUAUAUCACCAACCAAUCAGCUUGGUGUACACCUCACUUUCAUUCAUCCGUUUGUUACAAAGAUCGCAUUGUCGUCCGUUGACCGGACUCGAUGGCUUGGGCUCAAAGAGCUCCGAAACCAUGGUCCGCUUUUCGUCCAAGGCGGCGUUGAAGGAACCAGACCGCUAAAGCGCUUCGAGAACCGUAAUAUCGUUCAGACUGCGCAUGCUGAUGGUACCAUUAGACUGUGGGAUGCUGGACACGGCGAUGCUAUCGAGAAUGGAAUGGUCAUUCAAGCUGACCUAGCAAGAGCGCUUGGCCGUUGGGACAACGUCGACGUUGCGAAACUUUCCAUGUCUGGUGCAUCUGGCGAGCUAUCAGUUGGCCUUCGAAGUGGAGAAGUUGUUAUUUUCCGACUCAACCGCAAUAAGAACGCUGGACGACCAGAUGUGGAUGAAGAAAGCCGCGACCCACCACCAGGCCAAAUGCAGGACAUCUCAAGGCGGGCGGAUCCUGGUCUGCGAGAAGGCUUACUUCCGCUCACGAUGUGUAAUGAUCAGCAAGGGCCUGUCACAGCGCUGAAGCAAUCAGAUGUUGGCUUUGUUGCUGCAGGUUACGCGAGUGGCGGUAUCACAAUCAUCGACCUGCGAGGUCCCGCCAUUAUCCACACACAGCUACUCUCCGACCUCAAAGCUGAGCGCAAUAAGCGCGUGAGUGUUCGUCGAAGUAACAGCGACACGCAGUCAUCAGAGUAUGCCACGGUCCUCGACUUUGGCGUAAUGACGCUAGAAGGUGAUGAUUACUCCUCUAUUGCCCUUUUCGUUGGCACGUCCCGGGGUCGUGUGGUUACUUUCAAGAUCCUACCUUCAAGCAGUGGACGCUACUCGGCGGCUUUCGCCGGCGUAACGCAGAUCUCUGACGAUCGCGUUGUGUCACUGGAUCCCAUCGACGCCGUCAGUGGCAGUCCUGCCUCAGCAACUGGUACGGCUGUCGGAGGUCUCCAGCAAGGGCGUAAAGUAGAUGGAAGCAUCGUCGCAUGUACAAUGGGGUCAGCCCAUAUCUUCCGGCCGGCACACAGCAAAGGUGCUUCCAAGACGUUUGAAGGCGGCUUCUGCGAUUCGGCUGCAAUCGCGCGACACGGCGACCGUGGCUACGGCCUAGUAGCACUUUUCGGCGAUGGUACCAUGCGCGUCUUCUCCCUACCGGGCCUCAAGGAGAUCGGCGGACAGCGAAUAAACCACAUCCUGGACACGAAAAGAUUCAGCGAAGCCGUCAUUACUGGGACAGGCGAUAUCCUAGGCUUCACGGGCCCAAGCGAAGUCGCGCUUGUAAACGUUUUCGGCACGGGCCUCUCACUGCCUGGCAGCACCGAUACACUACUCGAUCCCAACAAGAUCAUCCCUCCUCGUCCCACGAUCAGCAACCUGCAGUGGAUCGCAGGCACGCAGUAUAUCACCCCAACGGACCUGGACCUCCUGAUUGGUGGACCCGACCGGCCCAUGAGCAAGCGUAUGCGCGCGCAACUACAAGCGGAUCAGGAUUCAGAGUAUCAGCGACAGCGGGACGCGGCAAGGACAGGCAAUAAAGCGCAGGACGUCAGAAACCGUCAGCAGGAGGGCUGGGGCGAUUACAUGUCACGGCAGCUGGCGGAGCGAACCGAGCAGUUGGGUUUGACGGGAGACAGUAUGGAUCGUGCAGCGGAUAGUAGUGAGGGGUUCAGCGAUAGCGUGAGCAAGUACAUCCAGAAGCAGAAGAGGCAGGCCGCUAUGGGGUAUUUGGGUGGGAAACUUGGAUUCUGA